UGACAAGCCCGUUCUCUAACAAAUAUCUUAUCAUGCUUUCUUUCUUUCUUUGUCUUAUUGCGUGCUUUUAUUUUGAAACGUCUCCUACAGGAAGUACCUUUUGGGCGGAGCUAUCGGUUUUCACUUCCUAGAUGUGCAGUGCUAACACUGCUACAUAAUGAAAAUACUGACUUUAUUAAGCUUAUUUUCUACGCAGUUAUUAAUAGACAGCAUUAAUAUCGAGGAUAAUGCGGGCCAUUUCUUCAGCAGUGGUCAUACUAACAACUGGGCUGUUCUGGUGUGUACAUCCAGAUUCUGGUUCAACUAUCGCCAUGUGGCCAAUACGCUGUCUGUCUACAGAAGUGUUAAGAGGCUGGGGAUCCCUGAUAGCCACAUAGUUUUCAAACCUGCCACAGUGUUCAGCCACAAGAAUAUGGAGCUGAAUGUGUAUGGUGACGAUGUGGAGGUGGACUACCGAGGAUAUGAGGUAACAGUGGAGAACUUCCUACGUGUUUUGACUGGGAGGCUGCCUCCCAGCACUCCUCGCUCCAAACGCCUCCUCUCCGAUGACCGAAGCAACAUCCUCAUAUAUUUGACAGGCCAUGGUGGAAAUGGUUUUCUGAAGUUCCAGGACUCUGAGGAGAUUAGCAAUGUGGAACUGGCUGAUGCUUUUGAGCAGAUGUGGCAGAAAAGAAGGUACAACGAGCUGCUCUUCAUCAUUGACACCUGUCAGGGCGCCUCCAUGUAUGAGAGGUUCUACUCUCCAAACCUCAUGGCUUUGGCAAGCAGCCAAGUUGGAGAAGACUCCCUGUCACACCAGCCAGAUUUAGCCAUAGGAGUCCAUUUGAUGGACCGUUACACCUUCUACCUGCUGGAGUUCCUGGAAGAUAUCCACCCUGCGAGCAAAACCAACAUGAACGAUCUGUUCAAAGUGUGUCCCAAGAGUCAGUGUGUGUCCACUCCGGGCCAUCGUACCAACCUGUUCCUGCGGGACCCGGGAAGCGUCCUCAUCACAGAUUUCUUUGGGAGUGUCCGCAAAGUGGAGAUCACCAUGGAAACCAUCAACUUCACCGACCAUGUCAAGCAAGUGGAGAAGAAUGUUGUGAAUGAAGAGCUGCAAAAAGAGACGUACUCUUAUGUGGACCAGCUGCCAGUGUCUGAGAUCAUCCAUCAGAAACCAAAGCAGAAAGACUGGCAUCCUCCUGAUGGCUUCAUCCUGGGCCUGUGGACUCUAAUCCUCCUGGUGUUUUUCAAGACAUAUGGGAUCAAGCACCUCAAACACAUCUUCUGAGGUCUCAGCUGUUUUGCCGCAGGACAUUGGAGGAUGUGAAGGUACAAACAGGAGCUUUAACUGAAGGGACAUUAGGGGGAAGGUGCCGUUUGACAGGGUUUUUUUUUUUUUCUGAAAAUGGAAAGGAGAUGUCAACUGUUUGACCAGACUGUUUAAUGCUAUUGGUGCCUUUUUUACUUUGGGAUUGGGACAAAUACUUGAAAGUAAUGCAUCAGAUAUGUAAAGCUCCUACUCUGCAUGGGCGUACCUUUAGCGUUUAGUGUUUUCUUAACUGAGCUCUAAUGAAACGGACUUUGACUUAUUUAUUUUUGUGGCAAACGUUCUGCUUUGUCAAAGCAUUCCAUAAUUGUGUUGAUUUGGUUAAAAAUGCACUAAACUGAGUCAGUAGAUAAGAAUUUAAUUUAUUUUCGAGAGUGUGCUGCAUAUUUCAGCAGCUGCCUUUUUGUUUAAGUGCUACUCAGAAAGUCUGCUUGGUCAGAAAAGGAAGAUACGAGCUGAGAGGAGGCUGAUUGACUGUGAGUGGGCUGUGGAGAGAUUACUAUUUAAUGUCCCCUCUGUCCGUAUACAUUACACCCCUUGACAGUCAUAUCACACUUGUGAAGGAUAACAAUCGCACAUAAUCCUAUCUUGUGUGAUGGACCCAUCCACUUUCCCAUUCACCAAAUUGCCCCCUCUGUGGAAACAUCCAUUAAGUUUCCUGGUCGUGCACUCCGCUGAUUGUAUUCUUGGUGAUGGACAGCUAUUUCUCGGCCAUUCUGCGUUGUGCACUACAGCAGCGAUAAGUGAGUAAUAAUCUAGUAAGAUGCCGACCGUCCCAAAUGAAUCUCUUAUCCUGGGAUGUGCACUCCCUCCCUUUCUCUCCAACCGCUUUGCAUUAGGCUCAUUGUUUGGGGGAGUGACUGAUGCUUGGAGCAUAUGGAUCGAAUCUGUGGCAGUUUAGUUUUCGGUGCGCGGACCCAUUCAUUGGGUGCCCACUGCCACUCUCCCUUGCGGCUGAAGUGGAAAGUAGAUUGAGCUGGAAAUGAAACCAUAUGUAUUGGAAGGCAGCUGCUGCAUCAGCCACCAAGGUCCUUUUUUAUACAUUAUUUAUGCAAUGCUUAUUUCUUCCCUGUUUCUUAUUCCUCCUGCUCCCCUUUCAGAGACAGCAAACAAGUUUUAUUUCCUCAUUUGGUGAGAUUUUGAUGCCCUGAUUAAAGAUGAAACACUGAAUCAAAGGAAUGAUUUGCAUCUUUAA